CUGAAACGUCAUCUCAAUCAGUUGAUAUUCGGUUCUUCAAAAAGUGAACUUGAAUGGUUUUUUUGUGUAAGACAUUUUGUUCUUCAAAGCAUUAACAAAAUGUACGCAAACGGUAUCAUACGAGAUAUAAUCAAAGAUGACGGUAAAAACCUUUCACGCAAUAUCUCGCAAUACCGAACUGAAAGACGUAACCUGUGGAACAGGCGAAAUAUGUUGGGUGACAUUCCCCCUUGUCAACGAUUCAUACCUAGGCUCACGCCACACCUUACAGAAUGUAUAAAAUUUGAUUGUCCCGAAAGGCACUUGGUUUGUAAACCCGAUUCGCCAGGUUAUCGCAAAAGGAUUGAUCUGAAAUACGUCGCCAAAGAGAAUGGUCGCCUAGUCGAUAAAUUUGAAGUAUGUGAAGCGAAAUGUGAAAUGCCAAGAGGUUUAAAAGAAAAAGUGUGUGCAAUUUCUGAUACUAAGAACCAUUUCCAAGAAGUGUUAAUUGACAAAGAGAUGAAUGGCAAAGGGAUGGUGGAGGAAAAAAGAACAGAUUUGAUAACUGGACAUAUAGAUAAAUAUCAACAGUUUAAAAAUAUGCAUCCAUGUGACAGAGACAGUUUUUUGAGAGAAUGGAAUUAUAAAGUACUACAGAAUAGGUGUCAAAUGCCUUCAAUAGAAUCUGAUUUUUGUGUGAAACAUUCUCCAAAGCCACUGUGUGACAGAUGUGAGUCCAUAUUAUGUGACAUGUUAUGAAGAAGACAGCAACAAUAUAUAU